UCACCUCACUUGUCAGUUGUCACUGUCAGUGUCAAAAAUAUCAAGCAUACUUUCAGUAAAUUUCUUUCUGAAGAAAAUUUAGAAAAAUAUAGCCAUAUUUGCCGCUAUUUUCAUAUUUGACCCAUUUUACUAUUACCUCCAACAAUGGCGAAAAACGGCCCCGUUGCUUUUUUGAAAGAUUUCUACUACGAUCCCUUCAAAUGGUCAAUAGUGAAGAGCGUCGGUUUCUUCGCAGUCGGCGUCGUGGUGGCGAGCGAAUGUGCCGGUCUCGAGAUAAUGCCAUCUACGCCACAGUAGUGCUAGUUUAAACCUAAUUUCCUAAGCGUAUAAAGAAAUAUAGUCACAAUGUUGCGUUCUAAAGGUCUAUUGUUGUUUUCAAUUGUGUUUGCGGCCAGUUGCUAUGGCCAAAACAUAGUUAUGUUUUUAACAGAUGAUCAAGAUGUGGUAUUGGGUGGCAUGACCCCUAUGAAGAAUGUUCAACGGUUUAUUGCUGAUAACGGAGUUGUGUUUACAAAUUCUUAUGCAGCAUCACCAAUCUGCUGCCCAAGUCGGUCAAGCAUCCUGACGGGCAAGUACAUCCACAACCAUGGCACAUACGGCAACAGCGUCUCGGCCGGCUGCUACGGGGUGCACUGGAAGAGUCAGGAGAAUGACACCUUUGCAGCUAUUUUGCAUAAUGCUGGAUACAACACUUUCUAUGCUGGGAAGUAUUUGAAUGAGUACGGCGUCUCCUCAGGCGGCGGGGAGGUGCCGCCGGGCUGGGGCGAGUGGCACGGGCUCGUCGGCAACUCCCGCUACUACAACUACACGGUGUCCAACAACGGCGUGCCCACGUACAGCCGGGACUUGUACUUGACUGAUACUAUUCGCUCGCUAUCGCUAAGCUUUAUAGACAAGCAGUCCAGCGCAGAGCGGUCCAACUUCCUGAUGGUACUAGCGCCCCCCGCCCCGCACGCCCCCUUCACCCCCGCGGACCGGCACAAGGGGGUCUACGCCAAUGUCAGCGCUUUGAGAAGCCCCAGCUUUAAUGUGAAGGCUGAUGACAAACACUGGCUGAUCCGAAUGCCUCCCACGCCGCUGCCCGAAGCCCUGAUGCCGGAGCUGGACCGCGUGUACCGCUCGCGGUGGGAAGCCCUCCUGGCCGUCGACGAGAUGGUGGCUGAUGUUGUGAAUGCAUUGGAGGUUAACAACUUGUUGGAGGACACGUAUUUGGUGUUUACAUCGGAUAAUGGGUACCAUGUUGGCCAAUUCUCGCAAGUAUACGACAAACGACAGCCAUACGAGACGGACAUAAAAGUCCCUCUAGUCAUAUCUGGGCCAGGAAUUCCCAAGAACACUAUCAAUGCUGACCCCGUCAUCAACAUAGAUUUAGCCCCAACUAUUCUCAGUAUGGCCAAGCUAGCACCGCCUAAGACUAUGGAUGGGAGAGUCAUAGACUUGUAUGCACAGAAUAAGACGAAGGAGAGAAAUAUGCUGAUCACGUAUUAUGGUGAAGGGAACACGAAGACUGUGGAUGCUAAUUGUACGUGGAAGUAUGAUGGGAAGAAUCUGGCGGAAUGCUAUCCAGACUUCUCAUGCAAGUGUCAGGACGCGCGCAACAACACGUAUGGGUGUCUCAGACACUUCGCCGACAACGUGGACGCCAAGUACUGCAAGUUCAGCGAUAAUGAGCGUUUCGAGGAGCACUACGACUUGCUAAGCGACCCGCACGAGCUGACCAACACCAUCGACCAACUGUUCCCGUCAGUGAAGAUGUUCUACAACAACCUGCUGAGAGCUUUGCUACACUGUAGUGGGGAUGGCUGUGACCAAUUGAGUACUUAGGGCUAGGAUUAGGGUAUAGGUAUUUAUGAAAUUGUUAC